AUGAAUCGUGCCAUUAGCCCUCCGCCCGCCAGGCGGCGCAAGACUACUACUACCAAGUCAACUGCAACGCCGAAGAGUUCCCAGAAGACAACAUCAUCCAUCAAUUCUACAUUUCUUCCACCACUUGGAACAAACACCUUACGCAUUUUCUCAUGGAACAUCAACGGAACUUCACCCUUUCUCCAACCAUCAAUUACGUCAUUCUUCAAGGCACCAAAAAAUGGCAGUAAGGAGGAUAGCAAAGAUGAAACAUAUCUUGCUUCACUCCGGAUUUUCCUGCACCGCCAGCAGUGGCCAUCAAUCAUCUUCCUCCAAGAAGUCAAGAUCGCAUCCAAAGAUAUAAAAACACAAGAUGCUGAUUCACUAUACGACGCGCACUUCACCCUUCCUACCAAUUCCCACAAUGCGCGUGGUCCGUGGAGAAGCGGAAAAUUAUAUGGUGAUCGCGAAGGCCGAGUCUCAAUAGUAGAACUCACAUGCCGAGCCACAUUGUCGAAACUCGCAAUCUUCAACAUCUACGCUGUCAAUGGAACAGAAAACUUGUAUCACGACACACGCACCGGAGCUGUGCGGGGAACGAGACACGAUCGCAAGCGAGAAUUCCAUCAUGUGUUGCUUGCGGGUGAUAUGAAUGUUGCUCCCGAUGAGCGCGAUGGGUAUCCUAAAUUGCGAGUCUUUCCUAGGGACCACGUCGUUAAUCGUGCAAAUUUUCACGACAUGUUGCUUGAGGGAAGUGGUGAAGAGAAGGAAUAUGUUGGGCUGAACGACGUCGAUAUCUGGAGGAAGAUGCAUGAGCAAGAGAGGAGGUAUACGUACUAUCCACGUAACACGGAAUGGGGCACUAGUUGUGAUAGGGUGGACUACUUUAUGGCUGUACGGAGACUUUGGGAAAUGGGAUGUGUAAAGGCUUGCGGGAUUAUGAACAGUGAAGCAGAACGAGGGCCGAGCGAUCAUGUGCCAAUAUGGGCGGAUAUUGAGCUCAAAUUAGAUACGAAAUGA